AUGAAUCGAAGGGAGGAACCGUAUGACGAAGACGGCGAUUACGCUAUCAGUGGCCAUGAUGAGGAAUAUAGUGACGAACAGCAACUGCAUGAGCAGGAGGUAGAGGACGGAGAGGAAGAGGUGGAGGAUAAUGAAGAAGGAGAGGAAGAGGUGGAUGUAGAUGAGGAAGAGGAGGAUGUGGCUGAGGAAGAGGUUGGAUCUAUAGAAGGGGCUGCUCCGAAUGGGAACUCGGAUAGGUGGGUUUCCUCAUUGCAGGAGUUAUUGGGAACACUAGCACAUGGUAUGGAGGGGCGCCGAGGGUUAGAUGAGGUUUCAGGUUCUCGGAGGGUUAAUCUAGUGGAUGUAUUUCCAGAGUAUCGGCAGAUGUUUGGAAUGAUGGGUGGCGUAGGCCGGGGAGAAGGCAAUCGGAUGCAUACAUUGGUGGAGAAUGUAGUGAAUGCUAAGAAUGAUCCAUAUGUCGCCAUGGAGUCGUUGCGGGAGAUUAAUGAGCAGCUUUUGAUGCUGAACCCACUUACUGCGGAGAGAACGGUGCCACAGCUGGAGCUGCUGAAGGGGAUUAUAAAUAUUAUGGAUCAUCCACAGUUGUCAGAAGAAUUAGAGUUACAGCUGAUUUCGUGCAGAUGUUUGUAUAACCUAUUUGAGAUGAAUCCAGAUAUGGUAUCAGCAGCUGUAGAUAGGCAUGUUAUUCUUGCACUGCAGAAGAAAUUGGUAGAGAUUAGCUAUAUUGAUUUAGCAGAGCAGGUUCUCGAAACCCUUGAAUAUAUAUCCAGGUUAUCCGGUAGGGAGAUCUUAAAGUCAGGAUGCUUGGUGGAAUGUUUACAGUAUGUUGAUUUUUUCACAGUGCAUGCACAGAGGAAAGCUGUUACAAUUGUAUCUAAUGCUUGUGCAUGUGCCAAAGCAGCAGAUUAUGAACAUAUUUUGGCCUUCUUUCCACUAUUGAAAGGGGUUUUUAUAAACAACAGGGACCAAGGAAUCUUGACGAAAAUGUUGAACGCAAUAUAUUCUAUUUCUGGUACACUGGGCCCUGCAUCAGAGAAGCAACUUGAGUCAUUGAUAGAUUUGGAAAUCAUAAAGAGGAUUAUAGCUGUUGUCUCUUCGUCGGACAUAGAUUUGGAUGGUAAGCUUAAAUCUUUGGAUAUUCUAUCGCAGCUAGUUUCAACAAGUUCUACUAUAUGCCGGAAUAUUAUUGAAUCUUGUGAUAUAUACGGUAUGCUAAUGGGCUGUUUUAAUGAUUGCAAGAAAACUGCAAACUCAACAUUGCAUGAGGUAUUGAUGUUUGUACCAAAACAAUUGCUAGUUAGUAUCUCUCGUUUUAUUACAUUGUUGCUCCCUACGGAAGAUGAACAGCUACUUUCUAUUGAUGGGCCCAGGAAUCUAAAUGUUGAUUCAAAUAGUGCGAAGUAUGUAAGCUUGGUGAAGCAGCUUACUCCGUUCUUGGCAGAAAUUUAUUUGAACACUGUGGAUUUUGAUAUACGUAGAUAUCUUUUGAUAUCGUUUGCUAGAAUUGCUUCCUCAAUGAAUUCUAACCAAUCAUAUAUCGAUAAGCAGUUGAUUGGUCUCAUAUCUUCAAGCAUCACACAAAAUAAGUCUACUUACUGUAAUGAAAAGGGUGAUAAACUUGUCGCUGGAGGGCUGUUGGUUGGUUUGCUUUCUUUGUCCUCUAUAAUGAUUGCAAAAUGUGCAGCUGAAGUGCUUCCUGCGUUAAAGAGAGAAGGUACUUUGGAAAUGUUGAAAUCUUUAUCUGAACAUCUGCACGGAGCUGAGGAUGAUAAAGUUAAAGAGAGUACUAAAGAUUAUAACGAUGGGGAAGAACAAGAAGAAGAGGAAGAAGAAGAAGAAGAAGGUGACACUCACGAUAGCAUAAGCUCACAUUCUAGUGAUGAUGAUUAUGAUAUGGAGUUUGGUGAUGUAGAUGUUCCAGACCAUGUUAAGCCGAAGAAAAUGAAUUUUACAGUUUUUAGGCCUUUGACCGUUUCAUAUAUUGAAAAAAAGCUGUCAUUGUUAUGCCAAUAUUUAAUGGAAAACUUCUCUUCAAAUGAGGAAUCUGUGAUAAAUGAAUUGAGGGAAAUAGAAGAGCUGGUUUCACAGCUGCAUAUGGUCGAUUAUUCAGUCGAAGAAUCCGCAUAUUGGGCCACUGUAUGGGCCACUGUAAAGGAAAUGAUAUUCCAGGACAAUUUCACUAUCUCAGGAUUUGAAUUUAUUUCUACGGGAUUAUCUGAAAGUAUCUCUAAAAUUAUUAAAGCACAUCCAUCGAGAACAUCGACAUGUCAAAGCAUGUUUAUAAAAGUUUUUGAUGAUAAGUUGGAAUUGUUGAUCAAGACAUUACAAUCCGCACUAACAAAACUAGAAUCUUUUGAAAUCAUUGACUGUGGUACUUCAGAAAGACGUGCAGCAUCUUUGGGUAAGCAAAUGAAAAUAAGACUUGAAUAUAUUGGUGAUAUGAAAAAAGAUGUUAUACCAGCUGGCCUUUCAUCAUUAACGGUCAGUAUUCAUUGUAUAUCAUCAUAUGAAACUCUAAAUGAGUUUUUAAAACACCGGAUUGCACAAUCAAGGUUUUUAAGCUCUAUUCUACUGCUUUCAAAUCCUCCAAAUAGUUCAGCCUCAGAUGAUGUGAAAAACAUGAACUUCCAGUUCCAAGUUGGUGACGAAAUAAUAAAUUCGUCUGAGACAGUUUUUGGAUCUAUAUUCAAGUAUAUUUCUAAUGCCAACAAGAAUCCAAGUCAGAUCUGGAAUGAGAUACAAGUUAUUAAAUACAGGAGAGUUUAUGAGCAUCCAGAUUCUGUUAACUUGGGCCGCUUAUAUCCAGAGCAUGUCUUUACUCGCGAAGAAUUGAAGCCAAUUGACGGUAUUUUGGAUUUAUUAGCAUGCUGUUACAACAGCUCUUUAGAUCCUCAUUUAUUUAUUAAUCCUAAAAUAACUGUCAAGCUCUCUCGACAAUUAGAAGAACCUCUUAUCGUUGCUAGUGGUGCACUACCCAGAUGGACCCUUCAUGUUACCAGAAACUAUUCCUUCCUCUUCCCAUUAGAUGUGAGAAUGUUCUUUUUACAAAACACUUCAUUUGGAUAUGGCCGUUUAAUUCAACUUUGGAGAGACCGGACCGAUAAUGAAAAGGAUUCAGCUGGGGAGGAACAACUGCAACAAUUGGGACGCCCAACAAGACACAAAUUGCGUAUCCUAAGAGAAAACAUGUUUUUGAGUGCAUUAAAAAUUUUAUCAAAAUAUGGUUCGAGCCCUAAUGUGUUAGAAAUCGAAUACCAAGAUGAAGUUGGAACCGGUAUGGGACCUACGUUGGAGUUUUAUGCUUCUGUAUCAAAGGAAUUCGCAAGAAAGUCUUUACAAAUGUGGCAUUGCCCAGAUAAUGAUACUGAUGACGACGGCUUUGUAAAGGGGCUAUUAUUUCCUUCUCCGCUUUCACAAGACAAAAAUGAGGUCAAAAUAUUGGAACUAUUUUCUCACUUGGGAACAUUCAUCGCACGUUCCAUGCUUGACAACCGCAUUCUUGAUUUUCGUUUCAAUAGGGUAUUUUUCGAGCUGAUGCACUGCCGUGUGAGAGGUGAACAACUAGACUUCACCCAUCCCGAAAUACUGUUUGAACUUUUGGAAAUUAUCGAUCCUCAAUUAGAAUCUUCGUUGAAAUAUAUAUGGAAUAAUAGGGAUAGCGCUUCACUGGAAGCCUUAUCCCUAUACUUUGUUCUCCCUGGCUAUAAGCUACAACUUAUCGAAAAUGGCGCUAACAUCCCAGUGACUUCCGAAAACGUUGCUCUAUAUAUAUCCGAAGUCUUUGACGCAUUUUUAGGGUCAGGGAUUGACAGACAACUCACAAGCUUUAUUGAAGGCUUUUCGAGAGCAUUCCCUUACUCCUCUUUACUAGUUUUAACCCCGAACGAGCUUUGUGACCUCUUUGGAAGAGUCGAAGAAGAUUGGUCCAUAGAAACACUAUACUCGUGUAUUACUGCUGACCACGGCUAUAGCAUGGACUCCCCGACUCUUCACAACUUAAUUGAUGUCAUGUUUGCCUUUGAAAAACAUGAGCGAAGGCUUUUCUUGCAGUUCUUAACAGGCUCCCCAAAACUGCCAAUUGGUGGCUUCAAGAAUCUAAAACCACACCUAACUGUCGUUCUCAAACACCCAGAAGGUGACCUAACCCCAGACCAAUACUUGCCAAGCGUGAUGACCUGUGCAAAUUAUCUGAAGCUUCCCAAAUAUACCACCAAGGAUGUCCUACGCUCCCGCAUCGUGCAAGCGAUGAACGAGGGAUCUGGUGCAUUCUUACUUUCGUAA